UAUACUUGUUUCUUCUUGAAUCAUGUCCUUGUUUGAUGAACAAAAAGACGAUUAUCUACAAUGCAAGAUAUGUUAUAAGCAAUUCCCUAAAUAUGAUCAACGGGGAUUCCGUAAUGCAGGAUUUACAGCUCAUCAAAAUAGAUGUAUUGAAAGAAAAAAGCCAAACUAUUUAACUAUGAUUGAACAACAACAUUCAAAGCCAAAACAUAGAUUACUACUACCUGCUCCAGAGAAACAACAACAGCAUUCAUCGUCUCUUACUACACCGAAUUAUAUGCCAUAUUCUAUUUUAUCUACACAACAGAGACUACUAUUACCUGAAAUUCAAACACAAGCAAAGCAGAUCAAUACGAAUACGAAUUCUAUUGAAUCUUAUCUUUACAAUAAUCAAAAGGAUGAUAAUACAACAUCUCCUUCAACUCUUUUAAUGGAUCCUAUGAUGAUGACUUUAUUACAAUCAGAACUACCUAUCUUUCAAUGCGAUUAUUGUACACCUGAUGAAUAUGGAUUUCAUCAAUUACAUUGUAUAGCCUUUAUCCCUUCAACGACUCAUUGAGAAUGUAUAGCCAAAAAAAAAUAUAAGUCUUAUACACAUCUAUGAAAUAAUAAUAAUAAUGAAAAGAAA